UUUAAGGCGUUGCCCUAUGUAUGCCUGCUCAUAGCCAUGCUGUUCUUCAUCUACGCCAUCAUCGGCAUGCAGGUGUUCGGCAACAUUGAUCUGAACGAGGAAACGGCCAUCAACCACCACAACAACUUUCAGACCUUCUUUCAAGCUUUGAUGCUCUUGUUCAGGAGUGCGACAGGAGAGGCUUGGCAUGAGAUCAUGCUGUCUUGUCUCAGUAAUCGAGCGUGCGACAAGCUCUCUGGCUCUGGGGGGAAGGAGUGUGGCAGUGACUUUGCCUACUUCUACUUCGUGUCCUUCAUCUUCCUCUGCUCCUUCCUGAUGCUGAACCUGUUUGUGGCGGUCAUCAUGGACAACUUUGAGUACCUGACCAGAGACGCGUCCAUCCUGGGCCCUCACCACCUCGACGAGUUCAUCCGCGUCUGGGCAGAGUACGACCCCGCUGCCUGCGGCCGCAUGACCUACCUACACAUGUACAAGAUGCUCUUGCACAUGUCCCCUCCACUAGGUCUGGGGAAGAAAUGUCCCUCCAGGGUCGCUUACAAGCGAUUGGUCAGGAUGAAUAUGCCCAUCGCCGACGACAACACGGUGCAUUUCACCUCCACCCUGAUGGCUCUGAUCCGCACCGCUCUGGAGAUCAAGCUGGCGUCAGGGGUAUUGGCCCAGAGACUGUGUGACGCUGAGCUGAAGAGAGAGAUCUCCAGAGUCUGGCCAAACCUUCCACAGAAGACUGUCGACCUACUGGUUACACCCCAUAAACACAAGGAGCUGACAGUGGGGAAGGUGUACGCCGCCCUCAUGAUCUUCGACUUCUACAAGCAGAACCGAGCCAAGAGGCUCCAGCAGCAGCAGGCUCCAGGGAGCAUGCAGAGACCAGGGGGAUCCCUCUUUAGACCCAUGCUGCCCCUCACCCACAUACAGGAGCAGGACACGCCCCUCUCAGCCUCCAGGCCGACGCCCCCCUCGCAGCCUGAGGCCCCGCCCACCACCACCUCGCUAACCAAUGGCAAUGCAGUAACAAGCCAGACAGGUGCCAUAAAGGAAUCAGAGGAUGCCAGCAACUUUACAAAACCUCAGGAAUCUGCGGAGACGAGUCAGCUGGAGAACGAUUCCGACGCGGAGGGCUUCCCCUUGGAGGGCCAUGGCAGAGCUGCAUCAAUGCCCAGGCUCAACGCUGAAUACUACCGGAGCCACCCUCGCCACGCCCCUGGGACCCACCUGGCACCCAUCGCUGACAUCAGCCCCAUCCGCCGCUCGGCGUCCACGCUGACCCCCCAGCGCCCCCUGGAGGUGGGUCUGGGGGACUACGCCCUGCAGCGGCCCGCCCAGGGCCAGGGGUUGGCGACAGGGCCAGGACAGGGUCAGGACAGGGCACACCACCGCCAUCACCACCACAGCUGCCAGCGCCGCCGGGACAAGGACAGGAAGCAGAAGUCUCUGGAUGGAGGGACCAGUGUUCAGCCUGCCAGCAGCACGGGUUCCCCCUCCGACCCCCCGGUGGAGGGGACGUCCAGGGAGAGGGCGAGGGAGCGUGGGCGGCCUCAGGAGAGGAGGUACCACUCGGUGGCGGGGGAGAAGCAGCGGUACUACUCCUGCGAGCGCUACGGAGCCAGGGACCCCGGCCACGCCCGCUCUGCCGGGCCCAGCCGCUCCACCUCCCCGGGGGAGGGCCCCGACGCCGGCCUGCUCAAACUGCUUAAAGGAACCCCCCCAGUCCAGACCUCAGGCACCACGACACCCCGAGGCCGUCGGCAGCUGCCCCAGACCCCCCUCACUCCUCGGCCGGCCGUGGCCUACAAGACCACCCACUCCUCGCCCGUCCAACCCGCCUCCACGCCCCCCUGCCGCCUCAGCAGGGGGAUGUCCGAGCACGACGCCCUGCUCAGCGGCCACGACCGAUCCCCCGUGCCGGUCACCCGCAUCGGCUCCGACCCCAACCUAAGCCCCCGGGCGUGGGACCGGUCUCCGCGCGGCCUCCUGGAGGAGACGGAGGACUUCCAGGACGCCGUGAGCACCCACGGAGGGCCCAGAGCCUCUCCCAGGACCGCUGCCCCGGCCUCGACCCCGGCCUUGGCCUCACAGGCGGGGGGCGCCGGGACCUCCACGGCUCCCACGCAGGGCAGGGCGGGAGUACCGAACGGGUUCCACUUCACCCUGGGGGUCAACGCUGGCGCCAGGGGCGCUGGAGGCCUUCGGGAGAGGGAGGAGGAGGACUGGUGCUAGCUAGUUUGGCGGAUCUCCCCCCCACUCCCCCCCUCCCUCUCUUCAUCUGCGGGAUCCGAAAGCGUUUUAGCUUGAGAGUCGAUGGACUCCCGUCGUGUUUUGGACGGUUGCUCGGACUGCGGGAUGACGUCAGCUUUGGAGCUCUCGGAGGAGGCCGAAGGAGAAGGAAGGGUGUCGUGUACGUUUGAAAAGUACUGGACGGUACUUAAAAAGGAAGACCCUUCCUGUUUGUAGUGUUGUCCUCUCUUUUUUUAAACAAAAGACAACUUUUUUCUACUCCCUUCUUGCACUGAAAUUGAAACUCGUCUCGAUUGUGUGAGCGAAGUGCAGAGCACACGUUGAAUCCCUGCGAGUGUUUUACCUUGGUCGGUAAAAUAUUUUUGUUUUAGAAGAAGAUUGAAGAAAAAGAAGCCAAAAUGUCUUCCUACUUUGAGUGUGGUUGGGGAGAGGGUUGGGGGCAAAGACUGUGAACUGUGUUUCGAUGAGCUGAAAUUACAAACCCCUCAGAAUGCCAAUCAUCCUAGCCCGUCUGUUCCUGUGAAAUGAUCUGUCGCUGUCCGAUCUGUUGGCCAUGUAUUGGAAGCAGGACUCAUGAGACCAGACCUCACAAUGAUGAAAAUGCACUAUCACUCGACCCUUUUCCUUGCAGCAGAAGAUCCUUUAGUAUGACCUCGUUUUCUCGCUAGCUCUGAAUUCGAGGCUCUAGCAGAUGGACCCCUCUUCUUUAAUCAGUAAUGAUAGGUCACUUCCUGUGACAGUGAUAGGUGACUUCCUGUGACGGUCACAGGACUAUAUGUUUGUGUAGUUGUAGGUCUUCUGUGGUCUCAUGCAGCCUGCUCACGACACGAUGAACAGAAUACGUAGUUGUUUUCUACGAAACUACGGUGGAUUGAAUAUCUUUUCACAGCUUUCUUGUUUUUGUAAAUGAUUGAGAGUGUACAGUGGUCGGGUAGGUCAGCUCUUGCUAACACGAUGCUCUGGUUGCUGAAUUACCAAGUGCCUGUCAUUUAAAGAUGUAUUAUUGUACAGUUGUGAUGCAGCCUGACUUGUAGAUGGGACUCAUGUAGAACAUGGGAUGUGUUAUGAAGAUGAUAUAAACUGGUUAUGCAUAGGAAGACAGUUAUUUAAGGUUGUAACAUAAAGUGAGAAGGUUGGUGGAACUGGAAGAAAUUAAACCAUUUGCUGGUUUUAAUAGAAUGAAGCAUUUGUUUUCAUCUCCGAUGAGGGAAAAAUAAUGCACAAAAAAAAAAGAUUUUUUUAUUAAUAAAUAUACAAUUUUUAAUUGAUAUAGUUGUAAGUAAGAGUUAGAGAUCCAAAGCAAGCGAUAUACUGCAUGCCGGGGGUCUGGACAGUAUCAACGUUCGUCUGUACCUGACUAGAAACGCCUGUCGAGCUUUCUGCCUUUUUCUUCCAAAAUAAACAAAACUGCCAGAAAGAGAUGGUAGGAACAGACGUGUAAUGGGAAAAAAGUGCCAUUGUGAUUCCCUCCAAACAAGGAAAGUUUCACUUUACCGUUUUAUGUUUUUCUAUUAUUGUACUUUUGUUCUAAAUUAUAUAAAUAGAUCAUGUUGGGAAUCCUUACCUCGUCUCUCUGAAUCCCAGAGGAGGUUCUGUGCUUAAGAAAACUACCACAAAGAAGUGUGCCACCUUUGCCCGAAAAUCAUGGGUUUGUUUUCUUCCAGGUCUGUCUCUCCUGAGGGCAGGACUGUAAGAGGGGUCUUGCGGAGGGAUUGACCCUAAAGGUCAAAGGGGUUAUUCUAAAUAUUAUCCUAUCAUAGGCAAAAAGGGUUGUGUUGACUGUUGCCUUACAGUAGGG